UUGUCUGACUGUUGUAUUAGUUUAUGUUUAUAUGUGGAGAACUUGUUAGAUCACGUGUGUAUGCUAAUCAUUAAAUCCCCCUAUUAGCAGUCUAUUUGUAGCCAAUGUGGAAUUGCGAGCUAGUUGGCUGUGUGCUAGAAGAGGGACAGAAGCCAUACUGUUACAGAUCCAACAUGUAGCAGCUGUCGUCUUGACAUGACCAUUAAAAUGGCUUCAUGGAGAUGUAGUCUCGCGUUACCAUAUCCCCAAAAAUGCGUCCUAAUAGCACCCAAUCCCUAUGUAGUCCACUACUUUUGACUAGGGCCCAUACGGCUCGGGUAAAAAGCAGUGCACUAUAUAGGAAAUAGCGUGCCAUUUGGGAUGCACGCCAAGUAUCAUUAAUCACUCUGCUAUUUCCGAACGAAUGUGAGGAAGCCUGUGUAUUGAGGUUAAUGGACAGGAGGUCAAGAUCACCACCAUUUGGGCACAAAGCUACAAUUCUCGUUAUUGUCCUAUAACCUUUAACCUGGUCACCUCAAUUCGAAUAACAUUCUAUAAUCACAAUGCUUCUUUUAUGUACACCCGUCCAGUUGUCUUAGUUCAGUGUAUUUUGUUGAAAUAUCCUAGCAAUGCUUUGAUGGUAACAUGAUUUGGAUGUGAUAAUAAUAGCAGAGAGAGGACCCUGCCUGGCAUCACUGAGCUGUUUAUAACACUUGAGAGAGAUCUAUAGUCGAGUAGACACACACUCUGGGGAACUGAGAACUUUCUCUGGAGCCACUUCUCUACAGCCAAAUGAGGUACUUGGGUUUUAAUCGGACUGAUUUGAAUUGAUUGAGUUGAACUGAACUGGAUUGAUUGGACUGAAAUGGACCCUUGCUGAGUAAUCUGGAUUGGAUCAAUACAGACAGGAUCUCUAUAGGAUGAGCUGCUUGUUGUUUUUAUCAUGGAGAAGUCGGGCCUAAUGGAAAUACUCUUCAUUACUUUCAAUCACAACGUCACUUUUCUGGGGAAGACAUGGUUGAUCUUGAUGGUGGUCCUGAGGUUACUCAUCCUCCUGUUCUCUGGCUAUCCCCUCUUCCGGAACGAGCAGGAGCACUUUGUGUGCAACACCAUCCAGCCAGGCUGUACCAACGUCUGCUUCGACAGUUUUGCUCCCCUCUCCCUCUUCCGCUUCUGGCUGUUCCAACUGAUCAUGCUCUGUCUCCCUCACCUGAUGUUCAUCUCUUAUAUCAUCCACAAAGUAUCAUCAACUCUCCGUAUCAGAGGGAACUAUUUCUCUGGGAGCAGAAGUCAGACCGGAGCAGGCACUCUGUGCACCCCUCUACACGCUCUACCAAAAGGAACACCUAACUUUGUAAGUGCCUAUCUUCUGGAUGUGAUACUGCGGAUUCUGCUGGAGGCAGCGUUCAGUGCCGGCCAGUACUACCUCUAUGGCUUCUCUGUCCCCAGGAGCUUCCAGUGUUAUGAAUUUCUCUGUACGUCCAUGGUGGAGUGCUACAUAUCCAGCCCCACAGAGAAGACCAUCAUGCUCAACUUCAUGCUGGGGGCUGCCUCCCUCUCUCUGCUACUGAACUUGGCAGAUCUUGUGUGCUCUGUGCAAUGGAUGGUGACACAGAGGACCAGGAGAAAGGGCAGACGGUUGAUGAAAGGUGGGGUUGGGGAGGACAUGGAAGUCCUGUACAACCAGAACCACAAGACCCCCAAAACUGUCCUCAAGAGAGGACAAAGUCACAUGGACAAACCAACCUCGAACUGUAACCCAAACGGUGACCUUUCACACAGAAGAGUCAGAAUAAAAGAUGAGACUGGCGUUAGGGUGGCUGCCCAACCACUGCAGGGGAGCAAGCUGCCGCCGAGGGAUGCCAAGAUUGAACCACCAUUUCACCCCAUUCCUAUGGGGGCUCCAUGGAGCGGGCACUUCCUUCAUCCCAACCACAUCUCCCGUUCAUCUUCCGUCCCUCUCUCCCGGCAGUUAGAGAGAGACCCAGUAGUAGUGUCACGCCAAUUUAUACCCUCACAAAUGUACAGUGGUCGGAGGCAUGGCCAGUCCACCAUGGUAGACGCAACACUCCUGGAGCAGCAUCCUGAUAGUGCAGAAUCCCGUGAUAGGCUCCUGGACGACGUCAACCUGCAGGAAGUAAGGGGCUCCUCAAGCUCUUCCAGCGAUUCUUCUUCCUCAUCAGAUGCUCAGUAA